AGCCCAUACAUACAUAUGUGUAUUGCAAAGUGGCCCAGCAGCAGAUGUCUAUGGGCCUGGCCCGUGAAGAAGAAGAGUCUAGUCAGGAGGGCUGCUGGCUGUGUGGUGGCAGGCAGACGUCGGCCGGCGAUGACAACCCGCACCGCCACCUGUUGGGUUUCCUCCUCCCCCCGGCGGCGGCCACGCAUCCUCCUCUUCCACCUGCUGCUGCCUUCCUUCGCUGUGACCACUCCCUCCCGUUCCCGUCCAUCCCCCUCCUCCUCCUCCUCUUCUCGCCUCCGCCUCCGCCUCCGCUGCUCCGGCGACCGCAUCAUGGUGAAGGCCAAGGCCAUCAGGGUCCAUGAGCUCGGCGGCCCCGAGGUGAUGAGGUGGGAGGAGGUGGAGCUCGGGGACCCCAAGGAAGGGGAGAUCCGCAUCAAGACCACCGCCAUCGGCGUCAACUUCAUCGAUGUCUAUUUCCGCAAGGGGGUCUACGCCGCGCCCGCGCUGCCCUUCACCCCAGGUAGGGAAGCUGUUGGCGUUGUCACUGCAGUUGGGCCUGGCCUCACUGGCAGAAAAGUUGGGGAUGUUGUUGCAUAUGCUGGCAACCCCAUGGGAUCCUAUGCCCAGGAGCAGAUCCUUCCAGCCAGCGUCGCUGUUCCCGUGCCGCCUUCAGUUGAUCACAAGCAAGCAGCUUCGGUCAUGCUCAAGGGCAUGACUGCCCAUGUCUUGCUUCGCCGUGUAUUCAAGGUUGAGAGUGGCCACACUGUCCUGGUGCACGCUGCUGCUGGCGGAGUUGGCUCGCUCCUUUGUCAGUGGGCAAAUGCACUUGGUGCCACUGUCAUUGGGACUGUUUCCAAUGAGGAGAAAGCGGCUCAGGCGACCCAGGAUGGAUGCCACCAUGUGAUAAUUUACACAAAGGAAGAUGUUAUGGCAAGAGUCAAGGAGAUUACUUCUGGAAAAGGUGUGAACGUGGCCUAUGAUUCUGUUGGAAAGGAUACAUACAAGGCUUCCGUGGAGUGCUUGGCGUCCCGCGGCUUCCUGGUGUCAUUUGGGCAGUCCUCAGGCAAACCUGACCCGAUUCCGAUGAGCGACCUGGCUUCCAAGUCGCUGUUCCUGACACGGCCUAGCCUGAUGCACUACACUGCUACCCGCGAUGAGCUGCUCGAGUCUGCUGGCGAGGUGUUUGCCAAUGUUGCUAACGGGGUGCUGCGCGUUCGCGUGAACCACACCUAUCCGUUGUCGGAAGCUGCACGGGCCCAUGCAGAUCUGGAGGGCAGGAAGACCUCCGGGUCCAUAGUACUUAUCCCGGAUACGGAUAGCUAGGCUAGGCAUCGGCAUCAACUCGAAU